CUACCAAAACAAAUAUCUCUCCCUUCUCCCUCUCAUUUCCCAGUCGUUUAAUUUGCAAGCAUCAUGGCCGGUCUUAUUUCCUCCGUAAAAAAGGCCGUCGGCAUGGAAGAAAAGCCCGCGGCGGCGACCAGCACCGAACAGAUUGUGACGGGCACCAAGGGGCUUGCAGCGUCGGCUCAGGCCUCCGUCACCGGCGCCGCCGAGACUGUGGUUGGCACCACCACCACGUACGUUAACAAGGCCCAGGACUAUGUCCACAACGCCACUGCCAAGCCGGCAGAUAAGUGAGAGCCCGGCGGCCCACGCACGUAUCUGGUUAUCGUUUAAUGUCGCUACGUACGUGCGUAGACAUGUCUCGUCUUCACAAGUAGUGUUAUAUAUGUUUAUGUUCUUAUUAUUUUUUUUUUCCAACGUUAUGUUUCGUUGUAUGAAUAAUUACCUACUUGUGUGUGUGUUUUUAAUUAUUUCCGUUGGCAGUAAAAGUAGUUAAUAACUGUUGGGUCAGAUUGUGAUCAGUUAAAAUCUGUGGAACGUACGUAAAACGGUAAAAGUGUAUGUAUAUGGCAAAGGAUCAUAGAAGGACAAAUUAUGAAUACUCAAGUAGUGGUGGUUCAUAAUCGAAAUGGUGACUUAUAAUUGACAUCGGUCAAGAAGCUGGUUCGCCGUCGAUGAAAUCUAACUGUGGCGGCAAAGAUGCAAGCUUCUGUACUGCUAUGGUAUGGACGCCAAUACAAUUAAUUAGUUAAA